CAUUAAUUCAACUAACAGAAGUCAUUAAAGACAGAAAUCUGCGCUAAUAUUUACUGUUACCACUGUCGCUGUAAAAAAUAUCGACCUCGUGAAUCCGACAACUCUGGCGUUAAAAACGACAGUUGAAAGUUGAAACAAACACGCACGCGCAGUCAGCCUUCCUCUUCAUCCGCUCUUCUUUCUCCUAUUCGAAUCUUCAAUUCAGUUUCGAUUCUGUAUUCUCUGCAAUUGUUUAUUGUAUUUGAAAAAAACUCUGCAAAUCAAAGUCAAUCAAACCCCUUUUGUUUAUUUUCUUAAAAAUUUCCCCCAGAAAGAAUAUGCCCAUCUCAAACUUUUGUUACUUUGUCUUAUCAUUCCACAGUAAAUAUAUAUAACUGACACACCCCAGAUGGACGUUUGUGGUUACUGUAGUCUUUGUGGUCCAAAUCCUUUGUCAUUUUAGCUUUCAAAUAGUUGAGGAUUGACAAGAUAGGAAUUGGGUGAAACGGGAAAGAUUCUGUUUUUGUGUUUAUGUCUGGGCCUGAUCAGGAAAUUUCCUCUAGCAGCGGUGGCGGUGGCAAUGAAGAUGAAGAUGGGGUUGUUAACCCAUCACGAAAAGAUGGUGUUAAAGAGGGAAUCGGAGGAAAGACCGAAGACGAAUCCAAAAGGGUGUUUGUGUUUAGAUUUGGGAAGGCAAAGAAGACUCUGCAGCUGCUGCGGAGGAAGAGGAGGAAAAAGAAGCAGAAGAAGGGUGGUGGUGGUUUGGUGAAUUCCGGUGGGUGUUUUGGUGGUUGGGGCGGCGGUGGGAUGGUCGGAUGUUGCUUGUGUGGAAAGCAAACGGCGGCAUUGGAUUCCUCAGCGGCAUUGCAUAAAGCUCUUGGGUUCAGGGAGGUUUCUCUUCUAAAUCCUAUAUCAGUGGGACUGCAAAAGUUCUCGAAAACCCUUUGAUGUGAUUGUCCACAGGCUAAUGGGCAUGCAGCUUAGCUGUUGAUUUUGAGCCGUUAUGAAGUUCUUAUGACUGCUGCUGGUGCCUUGCUGUUGCAUAAACUUGCUGCUUACACGCCUGCAGUCUAUUCCUAGAGGUAGCUUGAGCAGAAAUUGUUAUGCAAUGGUUCAAGUCAAGGGGUUUUUGAACUUACUGGUUAUGAGAGUGACACCAUAUAAAUUUCAUGAUGACGGGCCAUGGAGAGGUGAUAGCUGAAUAUACAAAACCCGGCCUAGAGCCCUAUUUGGGUUUUGCUGUAUCCUGCAACUGGUAUUCCUCGGGCUGCAUGGUUACUGUUCAUGAAGAAUGAAGUAUGCAUGAUUUGUGAUUGCUGAGCGAAGAAUGUUGGGGUUAUUCCAGAUCAGAAGGUUUAGGCAGUUUAAUAAAUGAUUGUGAAUAUAAUAGAUAAAUGUGUAUAUACAAGUUAGUUUAGUGUAUAUAAUGUAAUUAAGGCUGAAUUGUAUGUUCUGUAUAGUGUCAGGACUUAGUUGUAAUAUAGAUAGCUUAGGCGGCUAGUGUUAUUAUUAGCCUGAUAUAAAUACACAAUCUAUGUCUGAUUGUAAAGGACGAGAACUUAGACAAAUUGGUUACUCAGUUCUUAAUACAGAAUAUUCCCAAACUUUCUUUCU